UGCGACUCCCCCGACAGCACGCCCGUCGCGUGCUGUUACGGCUUCUGCCUCGAUUGCUUCCGACCCUCAGUCGCGCGCCGACACCCGUGCCAGACACAUUGCAGUGACCAGUGAUAGUACUCGUAGUUGUCAAACUUUCGAUACAGUUUAGCUAAGCACCGAUACGUGUGACAACUCGUGAUCGCGCUUCGUGUCUUUAAGGUAGUCAGUUAUAAAGUGGAUAAGUUUAUUUUGUUUGAAGGGACCACCUUAAGGAGGUGCCUCUGAUAGUAUUAGGCGGAGCCUUUGAUUUCAAGAAGCACAUCAUGGUGGCCGAUGUUAGACAGUCAACAGCGAUACCGCACCUGGAGAAAAGGGAUGAUAAUAGGAAGAGCAAUAAGCCGAUAAUGGAGAAGAGGAGAAGAGCGCGAAUAAAUAAUUGUCUCAACGAACUGAAGACGCUUAUACUCGAUGUUAUGAAAAAAGACCCAGCAAGUCACUCGAAGCUGGAAAAGGCUGAUAUCCUCGAGAUGACCGUUAAACAUUUAGGCGGUUUACGUUCUGGCGCACCGGACAGGUUCAGUGCUGGUUACCGGCGUUGCCUGUCCGAGGUGGCCCGGUUUCCUGGGCUAGAUAUCGAAUUAAGGAAGAAGCUGGUGAAACACUUGGAAGGAUUGGUGCCGAGGGCCAGGCCGCCUGUUGUAUCCACUCCGCCUUCGGAUUUCGAAGAUGUCGUUCCGCCGUCUACUGUUUUGAUCUCUGCUGGCCCCGGCUCCGUUCAUCUAGUCCCUACACGUCUACCCAACGGCGACAUCGCGCUGCUUCUCCCAACCAACGUGAACGCUAACACAUUAGGGUCUUUACGAGCUGCUGUAGGGGCACCGGCCCUAGCACCUUUCUCUCGAGACCCUUGUUUCUCGCCUGCCAGUUUAGUGGGCUCCCCAAGCCCUGUGGAUCUCGCCCCUCUAGCUUUAAUUGCGAGAAAAACACUAGAGGACCAACCGUGGAGACCUUGGUAACGGCCAGCUGAUGAUGCUUCUGUGAUACUAAGCGUGCGUGAAAUCGAGAAUGAAGUUCCUAGACAGUAUUAAAAGUAGUCAGGUGACAACCAAAAGUUACUAAUUAGAAAAAAUAAUUAAACAGAAAUCAGAAAUUAAAUUUUAUUACUCGCACGGUUCACUAUGGCUUAUGAACUUGUAGUAAUUAGUGACUUUUGGUUGUCGACCAUGUUACGAGUAAGACGCAAUUGUCUGUGUUAGUUAAAAGAAAUUCUCCAGUAAAUUGUAGAUUUUACUUAUAUUAGCACAGUCAGAUAUAGUGUGCGUAAUUUUAAAAGAAAAUGUAGGUACAUUUCUAUUUCUAUGCAUCUCUGCAC